UUUUUCCACGUCAAUGAAAGUAACGUACUGUAUUAUAUUUGCAAUUUGUAUAUUUUGAAGACUAAAGACUUUUCUCCUCCUAGUAGGGUUCCUUUACAUAUACACUCUAUUCUCGUAUUGGGUGCUGUCAGUUAAUUAUUCAUUUCGUUUUCGACUAUGAGUACUAAGAAAACUGAGCUCAAGGUCACCAUUAGCUGCAGGAAAUGCAAGACUGAAGUUCUGAAAGCUGUUGCCAAACUUACAGGUGUUGAUUCGGUAACGGUGGAUGUUGAGAAGGGCAUAUUAACUGUUGUGGGGAGUGUUGAUCCUGUGUGUAUCGUCAAAUCCAUCAGAAAGACUGGAAAAUGUGCUGCAAUUAUAAGUGUCGGGCCACCAAAGAAACCUGAUCCUCCUAAAGAAAAAGAAAAAGAAAAACCAGUUUGUACACUACCAGCAUGUUGUAAGCAAUGCAAACUUGUUGCUGUUCGCUACGAAACCUAUUAUGCACCUUGUUCAAUUCUAUAAUUACUAAAAUCUUGCUUCUUUCUUCAACUUUUGAUUGUUUGUAAAUGAAUGUUUCAUGAUUUUCAUUAAUUAGUAUGAGUAGUUUUUACCCAUUUUAAGACUAAUAGCUUUCCUGUUCCAAGUA